AGAAAGAUUAAUUUUUUACCAAAUAAAAAACAAGAAUAUCCACGACACUGACUAACAUUCUGGAAGAUUUUCGAGGGAACUAAAGCGACAAUAUGCACUUGGAGUUCUUUUUAUAUCCUAUAACACUACCUGCCCUCUAAGAGCGAAGUCUUGUACGUCGCAGGAAGUGUAUACAUCGUGUAAGUAAGUUAUAAAAAGGACGUAUGUUUUGAAAACUCGCCUAAAUAUAAUUCCCGCCAAUUUCUUCUCACGUGUUGUUCCAUUGUUGAAUAUCGUUGUUUAAUUAUAAUUUUGUAAAUAAAAGUGAUAGAUAAAUAUUUUAAAAAAUGGAUGUUGGAGAUCCGCAAAUUACAAGAGCACGUGUAACUGAUGAAGUUGGAAUCAAGUGUCAAAAACUAUUUCAAGAUUUUUUGGAAGAAUUUAAAGAAGAUGGAGUUGUAAAGUAUCUUGAACCAGCCAAAGAACUUGUAAGUCCAGAACAUAGUACAUUAGAAGUGACUUUUGAUGAUGUAGAUGAAUAUAAUCAAGUACUUUCUACAACUAUUGUUGAAGAAUAUUACAGAGUUUAUCCAUACUUGUGCCAAGCAGUAUGUAAUUUUGUCAAAGAUGUAGCAGAAUUAAGUAAAGAAAAAGAAUGUUAUGUAAGUUUUGUGGAAGUUCCAACAAGACAAAAAUUAAGAGAAUUAAAUGCAUCAAAGUUUGGUACAUUAAUACGUAUAUCUGGGCAAGUAAUAAGGACACAUCCUGUGCAUCCAGAAUUAGUAUUAGGAACGUUUGUUUGUAUGGAUUGUAAUGCUGUCAUAAAAAAUGUAGAACAACAAUUUAAGUUCACAAAUCCAACAAUUUGUCAUAAUCCAGUAUGUAGUAAUAGGAGGCGUUUUUUAUUGGAUGUUGAUAAUUCUAUAUUUAUUGAUUUUCAAAAAGUCAGAGUACAAGAAACACAAGCAGAACUUCCUAGAGGUUGUAUUCCUCGUUCGCUUGAAAUAAUUUUACGAGCUGAGGCUGUAGAAACUGUUCAAGCUGGUGAUAGGUAUGAUUUUACAGGAACUAUGAUAGUAAUACCAGAUAUAUCUGUUCUUUCACUUCCUGGUGUAAAAGCUGAUCUUAAGGCAAAACGUCGGAAAACUGCAGAAGAUGGAGAUGGUAUAACAGGAUUGAAGUCUUUGGGAACACGUGAAUUAACAUAUAAAACAGCAUUUCUGGCUUGUAGUGUUACUCCAACAAGUUUUAGAUUUGGUGGUACUGAAACAAAUAUGGAAGAACUUUCUCAAGAAAUGAUGAAAAAACGAAUGUCAGAAGCAGAAUGGAACCGUAUAUAUGAAAUGAGCCGCGAUAAAAACCUAUAUCAAAAUCUUGUUAAUAGUUUAUUUUCGUCAGUACACGGUAACGAUGAAGUUAAAAAGGGAAUUAUUUUAAUGUUGUUUGGCGGUGUGCCAAAAACAACAAUGGAAGGCACAUCGUUACGAGGGGAUAUAAAUUGUUGCCUUGUUGGUGAUCCUAGUACUGCAAAAUCUCAAUUAUUGAAAAGUGUUGCUGAAAUUGUGCCAAGAUCGAUUUAUACUUCGGGAAAAGCAUCUUCUGCAGCUGGAUUAACUGCUGCUGUAGUAAGAGACGAAGAAUCACCUGAUUUUGUUAUUGAAGCUGGUGCUUUGAUGCUUGCUGAUCAAGGUAUUUGUUGUAUCGAUGAAUUUGAUAAAAUGGAUGUCAGGGAUCAAGUUGCUAUACACGAGGCUAUGGAGCAGCAAACAAUUUCAUUAGCCAAAGCUGGUGUAAGAGCAACUUUGAACGCUCGAACGUCAAUAUUAGCGGCGGCAAAUCCCGUUGGAGGACGAUAUGAUAGAAAAAAAUCUUUGCAGCAAAAUGUCCAAUUAACAGCUCCUAUUAUGUCCAGAUUUGAUUUAUUCUUUAUUAUAGUUGAUGAAUGCAACGAAAUUAUCGAUAAUGCAAUCGCUAAAAGAAUUAUCGAUCUACAUUGUGAUAAUUUUCAAGAUAUUGAAACAGUAUAUACACAAUCAGAGAUUAUUAGAUACAUUAAUUUUGCUAAACAUUUUAAACCUGUAUUAAGUCAGGAAGCAUCAGAAUUUUUAAUUGAUAGUUAUACAUUGCUCAGGCAAAGGACCGGUACUAAUGCCGGCAAAUGGAGAGUUACCGUUAGACAAUUAGAAAGUCUUAUCAGAUUGUCAGAAGCAAUGGCUAAGUUAGAAUGUUCUGAUGAAGUUAUUGUAAAACAUGUUAAAGAAGCAAAACGUUUAUUAAGUAAAAGUAUUGUUACUGUAGAACAGCCAGAUAUAGACUUGGAAGAAGAUGAAAAUGAACAUUUGGACGUCGAUAUGAAUGAAGCUCCACCUCUUAUGGCUGCUCUUAAUGCGAUAGAUAAUAACGAAAUGGAAACUCCUCCGCAAUCGCAAGAAGUAGCCAAAAAGAAAUUAACAAUGUCCUUUGAAGAAUACAAAAAUUUAUCUAACAUGUUAGUGUUAUAUAUGAGAAAUGAAGAAAUUCGUGCUGAAACUGAACCUUCAGAGGAUGCUAAAGGUGGAUUAAAGAAAUCAGAAUUAGUGGCAUGGUAUCUAGAUCAAAUACAAGAUCAAAUAGAUUCCGAGGAAGAAUUAUUGGAAAGGAAAAAUUUUAUUGAAAAAAUUAUUGAUAGACUAACAUAUCAUGAUCAAAUUAUAAUACCUUUAACUACGACAGAUUUAAGAGACAAAGACGAAGAAGAAGAAGAUGAUCCUUUACUUGUUGUACAUCCUAAUUACAUUAUUGAUGUCUAA